AUGCCUCCCAAGAAGAGGGCUAGACGUUCUACGGUCAAUGAUCAAGAUGAGCCAGCACCUUGUCGACAAAGCUCAAGAUCUAAUUGCGGUGUUGGCGGCCACGCAGCACAGCUCCAAAAAGCUGGAGAAGCUAUAGCAGCACCGGCGAGGAAUCGGAAAGGGCAAAAUGAUUACCCUGAGCUUGACGCCAGUGAUCCUGAAGAAAAUUCAAUGGCUCCUGCGCAGCUGCGUCAGGGGAAGAAAGGUGCUUCUGCAAAACCUCUGGCUGCAAAAAACGCUACCAAGCAAAAACCUGCAUCCACGACACCUCCAACUACGAGUAAAAAUCUUAAGCGAUCAUCUCAAAAGUCCGGCGACAAUGUGAGGCAUCAUUCAGCCUACACUUCUCCUCGUCCAGUGCUACGUACCAGUUGCUCUUCUGACAGGUUCGGAUUUAAGGCACCUACAUCUACUACCAGUGUACAUCGUAUCGAGAGGGCAUCUCAGUCAAGCAAUCGCAGAAUGGCCACACAGGAGGCAAACGAACGAGACAACAACAACAAUAGAGAGGAUGGAGCCGAGCAAGAUCAGCAUUUAAACGACAGCGAGAAUUCCGGUCAACGCUUAGGUGCACCGUCUGAAGACGGUGGCGAUGACGAAGGGGAUUUAGACGGAGGGGAUUUAGAUGGAGGGGGUGGAGUGGAUUCAGAUGGAGGGGAUCUAGGUCAAGAGCGUGACUGGGAGGACGAGCCUAUGAAUGUGGAGGGCCAUGAUAAUGUACUCUCAUCUAUUCGAUCGAGACUUAUGAUGUUCUCGAACGUCAUCAAGCGCAGAACGGACAACGCAAGGCUCCCUCGCCAUCAUAUCUUUCAAAAGUUACUCACUCUAAGUCUCCUCACCAAUGCCCAUCUCGACGUAACGACCGCUCGAAAUCUCCUCGUCAACGCCUGUCUCAACGUAAUGGCCGCUCGGGAUCUCGUCAACAUGCGCCAUCUGGGGGUGCCUCUUCCGUUCAAGCGCCACCUUCUCGACGUAGACGCUCGCUGCCUCAUUCGCAUAAGUCUUCCACUCGCUCCAGGUCUCCACGCCAACGCUUGUAUCAUCAAACACUCUCCGUUGCGGACUCGUUCUGACCAUGCAACUACUCCUAGUCGUUCACGCUCUCAUAGCCCUACGCCCGCUGGUGCUCGCCGCACACGAAACGUCAAGACAAACCAAGAGAACCCUUCCAAGCUUGGGUUUUAUCCGGCUUGUUGGCAAGGAUUUCUGCAGGCAGCAAAGUUGCAGAUGCGAUUGCAAGCUAUUCUCACCCAUCCCAUUCCAAAACACCAGGAUGCCGUGCAACUGGCACAAGAAGUCUUGGACGCUGAGUUGUGGCUAUGCCACCAGAAGAAGCUCAAAUUUGAGAACGGCUACUUUCCGGAAUAUAGCCCACAGAUGUGCCGGCUGCUUUGCGAUGAUCUCUUCACGUUCCGUACAGAGCUUAAGAAGGUUGUCAUCUCCAUCGCCAAAUUGUCGUACGACAUCUUCCCGAAGGGCACUGCAAUGCUACCAGAGCAAAUAAAGAAACAUAUCGUCACAGCUGCCACCGCACUGCUCAAGACCGGUGAUUACCUCCGGAUCCCUGAUUCGUCUAAUGUAGUGCUACUCACUGUUUUCUCUCGCAGGGCAAAUUCAAGAAUUUUGUAUCGCAGGCUCUCAAGGAUGUGUCUCGAGUUCUUCUACAGCAACAGCAAGAAGGCGCUGAAGAACACGGACGACUUCCGCCAGACAAUUCCCAUCAAUGCUCUCAUUCUCGUGGCGGCGGUCAUGAAGGGCGUUAUUUCUGGAUUCAGCGACACCGGCAGCGACAAAGUUCCUCAACUCAGCGCUGAUAGAUGCAGGACCGACUUCGACAAGUUGCAGAAAUCCGUCAACACAUUGCUCGACAUCCCGGAACGUCGUGAAGAGCUCGAAGAAAUGUUGGAGCAAUGGGCUAAGAUUGGUAUGGGCGAAUUUGAUUGGCAUGCAGAUGGGAGUGGUGCAGGCAGUGACGCGGGGGACAUCAAUAUCAUACUUUAA